UAUUAUAUCCAGGAACUGAAAAUUAUAAAACACUAGAAGUUAGCUUAGCACCAUUAUGUCAAGAUCUUAUACAAUUAAAAAAUUAUGGAAUUAAUGAUACUUCUGGCAAGCACUGGAAUAUAAAAUUAUACUUUAGUGCUGAUUGGAAAUUUUUAGCAAUUUCUCUUGGUUUUAAUGCUGCUAAUUCAAACUUUUUUUGUCCUUGGUGUGAUUGUUCACGAAAAGAUCUUGCACUUCAAGAAUGUAAACAAAAUGGAAACUUUAAUAAUGAAAUAAGAGCAAAUAUAUGUAAUGAAAUGCAUAAUCUCGGUAAUUAUACUGCAUUAAUGGGUGAUGAAAAGCUACUUGUUUUAAAAAAUUUUAAUUUAACAAUUAUGUUACCUUAUAUACGUGCUAAACAAGUACGUAAUCUUUGGACAGAUUUUUAUUAUCUAUAUGAAGCUCUUAAAAAUCCUUCAACAAAUUCGGAAAUAUUUGCAAAUAAUGCAAAAAUAUG